GGGUGCACAGCUUAAGGAGUGGAGUAGCACCACUGUGUGGGUUGGUCAGGCCUGGAAGGGCAGCAGAGAGACGUGCUGGGAGGGUGUGAAGAGAUGGGAACUGGAUAGAAAGGGGUUCGCAAGAGAGAGAAGGCUCAGCGGGACUUGGGGGUUGGGGAGGGCCAAGCAUUAGGGGUGAAGAAGCGCAUCUGAUGACAAGCCCAGAACGAAGACAUACAUUGAGAAUUGUAGCUAUUGCUGGAAAGAGGGCUAUACAACUUGGCCCAGGAGGAGAGGCCCCAGGAUGGAGCUGACAGAACCCCCACCAGGUACAGCAGUGCAGAAGGAAGAACAGGAAUUGUUGGAUCGAACCUUCUUCUCUUGGGCUGAGUUCAGCCGCUUCUUUGACAAGUGGUGCCAGCAGCGGCUGGUGGUCUUCUCGGUGAAGAGCUCCACACAUGUGGCACGCAGCCCCUGGGCCAACACGCCCCCACUCUACAGGCUUAUCCACGUGCUCAAGUACAGCUAUGUGCUGCUGGUGUGCAAGGAUGUGCGCAUGCCCAACCAGUCCACAGUGUGGCCUCCUCAGCCAAGCUGCCCUGCCUUCAUCACUGUCAAGCUGAGCCCUUUGCGGGAUCGACUCGUGGUGUCUGAGUGCCAGCUGACCCACUCCCACCCUGCCUGCCCACGUGAAUUUGCUUACCACUUCCGCCCGGGUCACUUACUGUCCAAUGCCUGCCUGCCGGUCCGCAUCACCAACCAGAUCUCCAAGCAGUUUGUAGCCCCUGCUGAUGUGCGUCGCCUGCUGUCCCACUGCAAGGGCCCAGACCAUGGGGUCCUGGAUGCCCUGCAAGUGCUUGAGGGGCUCUUCCGCACAGAUCCGGAGGCCAAGGUGAAGCUGGUGUUUGUGGAAGACCAAGCGAUGGUGGAGACUGUGUUCCUUCUGACAUCGCGCACCAGGGCGCUGCUGAGGCGUUUUCCACGCAUCCUGUUGGUAGACCGACUGCCCGGGCUGCAGGGCGCGCUAGACUUAAUGGCAGUGCUGUGUAUAGACAGUGCUGGACGCGCGCGCCAGGCUGCCUGUUGCGUGGCGCGCCCCGGCACGCCGAGCCUGCUGCGGUUCAUGCUGGUCUCCCUGCUGCAAAGCGCUCCCGACGUCAAAGGCCGGGUACGCUGCCUCACAGCUGGGCCCGAGGUGGCCGGGCAGCUGCGCGCAGUUCGCCAGCUGUUACCUUGUGCACGCGUGCAGAUCUGUCGCGCUCAGGGUCUGGAAACACUCUUCAGUAAGGCACAGGAGUUGGGCGGUGCCAGCCAGGAGGAUCCAGACCUGUGGCCACUCCUCUGCCGCCUAGCAGAUUCAAAAUCCUAUGCAGCAUACAGCGAGGCUCUGGCUGAGCUGCGCUCACAGGCUCCAACUGCCUUCAUCAGAUACUUUGAACACAACUGGGCACCCCGCCACGACAUGUGGGUACGUUUCCGGGCCUAUGAAGCAACCCGUGACCUGGAUGCCUGUGCUCUAGUUCGGGGUCAUCGCAGGCGACUCCUGCGCCGCCUCAGCCCCUCACACAGUGUGGCUCAGUGCCUUCGCGACCUAGUGGCCAUGCAGUGGGCUGAUGCGACUGGAGAGGCAGCCUCUGAGGGUGUUAAUGGUGACAGAGUGUUGUUGGAGAGUGAGCCCAAGAAUAGGAUGGAAAAAGAGAAGGUGAGGUGUGCAGAGACCCGCAACUGGGGAAGGGCUGGGCAGGAGAGUGAGAACGGGAGAGGAUUGCAUCUGAGAGAUGGACAAGGAGUUUGGUUGGAGAAUCAGACAGUGAGGGGGCCUGAAGGAACAGGAACCCAGCUGGAAAAAGAGCACUUGAGAGGACCAGAGGUCAGAGACUGGAGGGGAACCCUGAUGGAGGAUGGAAGAGUUAGGGUGUUAGGGUCCAUAGAUCAGGGAGGCACCCAGAUUGAGUCUGAGAAGGCCAAGAGUCUUGAAGGAAACCCCUGGAGGGACGUCCAAUUACAGCAGGAGAAGGCACGUGCACUAAAACCUCAAGACUGGAAAGGGCCUCAGUUUGAAAUGGAGAAGGGGCUAGACACUAGAAAGUGGAGGGAGGUUCAUAUGGAGAAGCCGUUAGAAUUGUUCCCUGAAAAAGGAGAUCAGAGAGCACUCCAGUGGGGAGGCGAGGAGCAGAAAAGGCCAGAGGUUGCUGAGGAGAGAAGUGGGAGAGUUCGAGUCAAAAGGAGACGGGGCCUGGAGGACAUCGUUGUUGUUCAUUUGGAGGAUACAAGAGCUACAGACGUAGUGAAUGGAGACAGAGGGGGACCCCAACCUGUGGGGUCCAAAAAUGGAGAGCAGAUGGAGAUUGGAGAUCCUGGUGAGAGGCUUUCAGGGGUGGGGAAUGGUGCACCGUGCAUCACCCCUGUGCGGACUGUGCUGGAGGGCAAUCCAGAAUGGGCAGUGACCAGAGUUGAGUCACUGGCCACAGAGCAAACAGUACAGAGAGGAAGUGAAGAAGGCCUAGGGGAACCAAAGAGGCUUUGCUGCCCCUGUAGAGAUGAAGGAGUAGACUGUGAGGCACUAGCCAAUUUCCGAGCAGCCUGUGGGCCAGAGCUGGGAGACCUAGUGGCAGAGGAGCUGGCCUUUGCUAGGCAGCAUGGGACCCGUGGUUUCCACUGGACUGGAGCUGGCUUUGCCCUUAAGGAUGGCACCUCAGACUUCUUCCUGGAUGGGGCCCUGACUCACUGCAGCUGCUCAAUCCAUGCUGCCAGACGCCUACCCUGCAGACACCUCUUUGCUGCUCGUCUCCUCACAGGGGCAGCCUUGUUCCACAUGGACCUGCUCAGAGAUUGCUGGGGGAGAUCUCAGGAACCCUGACCCUGUGUAUCCCUGCCUGAUACCCUCCGAAUGGAGGGCAGGAACAUAUUCUUUGAUCCCAAAGAUAAUAGGGCUCAUGCCCAGUGGGCCACCCCAGCCCUUCUAAUCACCUCCUGAGACAUCUAAUGACCUCCUCUUGGCCCUCUUCCUCUAUACCCUAGGGAAUGCUGGCCAUGAUCUCUGAGAUCCUGGAGUCACACCUAUGGGAAGUGCUAAUGGCCAGAGCACAUUGCUCUGAGGAAGAAAGGAAUGAAUGAGGAGAGGUGUAGAUAGGGUCAGCCAAAACAGAAGACAAGAAAGGGACAGAGAUGGGGCAGGGAGAGGCACAGUGGAGGUCACAGAAAGAAGCUAAGCUAUGGGGGCACUAACAGGAGUAAAGACUGAGAACCUUAGGGACUACAAGGCUGAAAUGGGAGUGGGAGAAUGAGCAAAACUGAAGAAAAAGAAAAGGUAGGAGACCUCUAGAGGAGAAAUGGAGAAAAGAUAGAAGGGAGGGCAAGAAACAGGACUGCAGAAGUGAAGCACAGAAGAGGGUGGUAAGGGGAAGAGACAAAAUUUUAAGGAGAUGGCAAAACAAAGGAAGAGAAGAAGAUGAUAGUAUGACUUGGGGAGUUGGCCAUUUCUCAGGGGAGAUGGCUCUCUGGUGGGACAAGCUAACUACUGCCUCAGAGCAAAGGGAAGUAAUUGAACAACUGUGCUUAGAGAUUGGAAUAAACAGCAUUAUUUUGGUCUCCA